AUGCUUUCAUACCUCCGUGGCCUCUACCACGGUUCCCAACCUCCGCGCAUCCUCAUCACCGCAUCUACCUCGAGCGCAACCCUCUCCAAAUCCGGCCUUGGUCCAAAAUUCUCCAUAACCCUCUCCGCGACAGUCGAAGCAAGCAGCCCCAUCACCAUCCUCCCCGACGACACUCUACUCGACCCAAGCUGUCUAGCACUCUUCAAACAGGGCCUCACUUUCACAAACAUCGCCACCGGCGAAAUCGUGCCAAGAUGCUCCAUGUACAUUUGCGCCGGCGACUUCCCACCACCUCUAACACCCAACCGAACCAUUGAGAUCCCACCACAGGACAAUGCCGGCUCCAGCUACGAAGUCUCUCACACGUUCAAACCACCCGAACCUCCGUUCUUGUUCAUUCGACAGACCACUGUGGGAGACCAAUGGAUUGAGCACGAGCCAGAAGUGCGUCAAUAUGAUCUCCAUGGACAGGGUCUCGAAAUCGGCCAGGUCUAUGAGAUUGGACUCGGGGAGGACUUGGUGAAGGUUCCGUGGUGGCGUUGGGGCAGCAAGUGGGAGGUUUUUUCAUUUCCUUACUAUCCGAGGAGUCGUUAUUCCGGUCGAGGCAUGCCGGAGUUGCGGAUGGUUCUGGUCAAUCGAGCGAGAUUUACGGUGGUAGAGUAG